AUGAAGCAGACCACAGCUGAAGAUGUUCCUGCUGAAAUCAAAGAAGAAAUGAACCAACUGUACAAUGACAUUCAAGGUUUGAAAGAAGACUAUGAACUGGUGGACAAGAUUGGUGAAGGUACUUUUUCAUCGGUCUACAAAGCCAAGGAUAUAAAAGGUAAGAUUUGCAGUAAAUACAGCUCUCAUUUUUGGUCUCAAGAUUCCAAGUUUGUUGCGCUCAAGAAAAUAUAUGUUACGUCUUCACCUCAAAGAAUUUACAAUGAGCUGAAUUUACUUUAUAUUCUUACAGGAUCCACACGAGUAGCACCUCUAUGUGACGCCACUAGAGUUAAAGACCAAGUGAUAGCCGUGUUACCGUAUUAUCCACAUGAGGAAUUUCGACAUUUUUACAGAGAUCUACCAAUAAAAGGGAUAAAAAUGUAUCUCUGGGAACUGCUACAGGCAUUAAGCUUUGUCCAUUCCAAAAACAUAAUCCAUAGAGAUGUUAAACCUACAAAUUUUCUCUACAAUCCGUAUUUAGGGCGCGGAGUUCUGGUUGAUUUUGGACUGGCGGAAGUGCAAACUGAGACUCCAACAUGUCACUUGGAGGAGGAUGGUACCUUCUCUGUGAAAAACUGUAGAAAUCAAGAACAGUUUUGUCCCUGUUCUAUGCGAGACAUUGCAGGUACCAAUCAAGGCGCUUUCGCACCGAUGAUUACAAUUCAGAAUGGGAAGGUUGUAUAUCUUAAUAAUGUAAACGGUGUAAACCUGACCAAGGGUUAUCCUAAAAAUGAAACUCGGAGAAUAAAAAGGGCCAAUAGAGCAGGAACUCGUGGUUUUCGUGCACCGGAAGUUCUAAUGAAAUGUGGCUCGCAAACCACAAAGAUAGACGUCUGGUCAGUGGGUGUUAUUCUUUCGAGUUUGUUGUCAAGAAGAUUCCCACUGUUUCAAAGCUUAGAUGACACAGAUUCGUUACUAGAAUUAUGUGCCAUAUUUGGUUCCAAAAAGAUACGCAAAUGUGCUGCCAUACAUGGAUUAGGCUUCGAAAUCAGCGGACUUAAAUAUAUCAAGGAAAGUGGAUAUCCUGAUGGUCUAAAAGGCUUUGUUCAUGAUUUGCUUAAAAAAGAAUGUCAAGGGGGAACUUUGCCUGACUAUAGUAUUGCAUUUGAAACUUAUGAGUACUUGUCGCAAGAAUUACACGGUGAGCGUACCAUAGAACCCAAAUUGCCGGAUUGCAAAGCAACUCCCGAGGGACCGGAGGCAUAUGAACUGAAAAGGUAUCAAGAAGAAAUAUGGACGGAUCACUAUUGGUGUUUCCAGCUGUUAGAGCAGUGUUUUGAAAUGGACCCGCAGAAAAGAAGUUCCGCAAAUGAGCUUCUUCGCGAUGCAUUCUUCAAUGAAUUAAAUGAAAGUGGUGUUUAUACCGAAAUUGAAAGCACUGAUGAAGACGAACUCACAGCGGAUGGCGAUCUCGACUAUCGAGAUAAUGAUGUUCUACUAAUAUCUCGGUGA